AUGCCAGAAGAACACAAUCAAAGUAUAAUGGCAGUUGAUGAACUUCAAGCCAUAAUACAAAGAUGUCAAAUUCUGGAAGAAGCUGACUUCAAAGGAGAAGAUUUUAAUCUGUUUCAGGUAGCAGGUCAGAAAUGUUUAGAAGAUGGAUAUGCAGCUCAAUUAUUGGAAGUAAUUCAAAAUGAGAAAAACAAGGUUAUCAUCAAGAACAUGGGUUGGAAUCUCAUCUCUCCUCUUGUUAGAUGUAUUUUCAUGUAUAAACAAGAUGAUGAUAGGCGAGAACUCUGCCUGAGGAUACUAGAUCAGUUGGCACAGCUAUGCAAUCCAAAGGAGCUUUUUUUGGGUUUACUUGAGCAGAUUGAGCAGACCUCUGGAGAGCAAGUGUGCCAAACUGUCAUGUUAUUGCUUCAGCCUUUGCAGACAGUGCUUUUGAAACUUCAGAACAAGAAGGCCUACUCAGUGGGUUUGUCUUUGGCCAUGAUUAUGAACCAACUUACUCCCUUACCUGUACCUUAUACAAAACAACAAAUACAAGAAGAUAAACUUGGUCUCUGUCAAUGUUGUAAUGCAGUGGUGGACUUUGCUAAACCUUUUGUGAAUGAAGUUGUUAAAAACAUGGAAAAGUCAUCAGAAUACAAUGACAUGGAGCUGAAAGAAGAAUUAGUAAAAUUCUGUAUGAAAAGCCUGAAAUACCCAUUAUUGACAGCUCAGCUUGAACAACUCGAAGGCAUUGAGGACCAUCCCUUUCGGCAGUUUGCAACUGAAAUUAUAGACAUUUUGUGGAAUAUAAGAGAAUUGAUACCGUUAGUGUUUUUACAUCCUAAAGCCAAAAGUUCAGACUGGGAGGAUCAGGAGUUUGCAGACAUAGAACAAAAGAAUUCUGCAGAAUCUUUGGCAUGUCUGUCUUACCUGAUGUUUGUUCAGCAUUUUGGUAUUGAGUGCUUUCCAAUGGUGUUUAGUCCCUCUUACCUUCUGCAAUGCAACAUGAGCCAUGUUGAGGUGCUGCUGAAAAGAACAGAAGAAUCUAUGUUAUCUAAAGGACUUGAUCUGUUUGAGAGCUGUUUAUUGAGGAUGGAAGAUGGCAGCCUUCUCCAUCAGUAUUUAGAAUUCAAAGAUUUUGUUAAUGUACCUCAGGAUUUGGUGAAAAUUAUGACCCUUUGUCCCAUAGAACAUGUGAGAAAGAAGAGUUUAAAUAUUUUGCAGUUGUUCAUAGACAAGUUUGACACAGAGGGAAAAUAUACAUUAUUCAGGUGUUUACUGAAGACAAGCAACCACGCUGGUGUGGAAGGAUAUAUUAUUAAAAAUAUAAAGGAUCAGGUUCAUGUGUCACUAACGAAGGAAUAUGACAACAUUUGGUUUACAGGACAUCACCUGAUCUCCCUUCUAGAUUUAGUACUUUCACUUCCAGAAGGUGCUGAGACAGAUCUUCUGCAAAACUCAGACAGGAUUAUGGCAUCACUGAAUCUGCUGAGAUACUUAGUCAUUAAGGAUUGUGAAAGUGAUAAUCAAACUGGUGUAUGGACCACACUUGCCAAGAUUGAGCAGAACUUUUUAAAACCACUGCGUGUAGGACUCAAUAUGUCCAGAGCACACUAUGAAGCAGAAAUAAAAAAUAAGAAAGAAAACAGAAAAGAGGCACAGAGUUCUAACACAGUUUGUUCUGUAACCGUUGGUGGGGAAAAGCUGCCUGCCAUGACUACUGGAAUGCAGCUUCAGGUUUUACACUCGGCCCUCUUCACAUUCGAUUUAAUAGAAAGUGUUCUAGCUCGAGUAGAAGAACUCAUUGAAGUGAAAAGCUGUAAUGGAUGA